CAUUUUUGAGUAAGAAUUAUGGUUCCGUUUAUAUGUCUGUUUAACGCUUUUACCCGUGCAGUCCCUACUUCUGACACCAGUUGUUACGACGAAAUAUCAGUAUUCUGUGUUUGUUUGUGUAUUAACCUUCACAGUCUAUAAACAAACAUACUGUGUACUACCUAUAGAUGAGUUUGUCUGAAAAGCAUUCCGGGGGUUUCUCUAGCAGAAGGUUAGUUAGCCCUGUCAACUGGCCAAAAUUAUGCCCUCGUUUAAAGAGUGAAAUGACGUCAAAUUAUUGUCAUUGACAUCCAUUUGCCUUUGAAUUGUCUUUACUUAAAACGAAGUUUUAAAAAUCCUUUAAAAAGUGGGAAAUCUUAAAAGAAAAUCAAUAUGCCACUCUUCCAUCUAUUCUUCCAUUAUCCGUUUACGAACACCUGUUCAUGGAGGUAAGGCACGUGUAAUAUAUCUGCUAUAUCACGUGACAUUUUACCAGAUCAAUACACUGUCACUGAGGCAUCUUAUCUUCACAAGGUUACCAGAAAGGCGCUUACACACGUGUGUGUUGGACUCCACUGUUAUCUGAUCGCUGUACGUGUGCGAUUAAAUGGUGUAUAUACACGCGUAGUGCAACACAUAAUGUUGAUAAAGAUAUUGAUCGGAUAAUGUCGGCGGAAUGAAAUUGUCGUCACUGAAAUAACAACUUCGUUUGAAUGAUACCACCAAAUUUAGGACACUUAUCGAUAUAUAUUUAUAACUGCAUUGUGCCGUGAACUGUGAUACAGUCAUUAUCCACAUGGUCACAGCGUAACAACAGUUUCCGUAAAGUCUAUUGAUCUCUAACUGGUGGUGAGGACGCAAACACUGGGCAAGUACAGAAGUCUUUGUUUGGGGUUUGUCAUCCAAUGUCAAGGCACGAUCGCUUGGCAAGUACUUAAGUUAUUCGUUUGAUAGCUAGUCUCAACACAUUGAAUUGUUUUGCGUAUGUUUAUAAUGGAUCUUAAUGAUAUGUAAUUUGUAUGUUUUUAACUGUAGAUAUUUUUUUAGACUAGACUUGUAUAUACACGUUUUACAUGCCUGAUGAUGUUAUGGGUUUACUUGAUGAGCUUGUAUAUAGAUAAUCAUCGGUGAACGGGGCUGCAUGAAUAAUUAAAACGCUAUAAUUACCAUUGUAUUCAAUUGAGGUCAGAUACGUCCCGUAAGUGAUGUUUAGCUGUAGCUAUAAAUACACACAAAAAUACACUGGACAGAUACAGAUAGGUUAAUGGACACCUGCAUGUAACUUAUUUGGCAGUUACAGGUAGUACUUAUAAGAACAUUAUACCAGUCAUCCGGUAUUCAUACAGUCUAAUUAAAACCAUGUCUAAUUAAAAUCAUAGAUCUAUGGUGGUUAUCGUUGUGAAAUGAGAGAUCUGACUUAUUAUUAUAUCUGUAUGGUAGUUAUUGUUUAAUGAGAGAUCUGACAUAAAUCAUAUCUAUAUGGUAGUUAUCGUUUAAUGAGAGAUCUGACAUAAGUCAUAUCUAUAUGGUAGUUAUCGUUUAAUGAAAGAUCUGACAUAUAUCAUAUCUAUAUGGUAGUUAUCGUUUAAUGAGAGAUCUGACAUAAAGUCACAUAUAUAGGGUAGUUAUCGUUUUGUAAUUAGAGAUCUGACAAUAAAGUCAUAUAUAUAGGGUAGUUAUGGUUGUGUAAUGAGAGAUAUGACAUAAAUCAUAUCUAUAUGGUAGUUUACGUCGUGUAAUGAGAGAUCUGAUAUAAAAUCAUAUAUAUAUGGUAUGUACUCGUAAAAAAUAUCAAACUAUUAGCCCCACUCAUGAAAUACAAUUGGCAUUACUGAAGACACUGAUCGAUAUCCUCUAUGUAGUUAGACAUGACAUACAGUCAUAUGUAUAUUAUAAUAAGCAUUGUGUAAUUAGAGAUAAGCUUUUAAAUGUGAUCUCCAUAGUAGUUAAUCUAGUGUAACAAGAGACCAUCCAUUUAAUGCAUUUUGUGAGAAGCAGAGUAUACUGUCGCCGAUGUAUCACCAUUAAAAAAGUCGUCUACGUCAAGAUAAGGUUUAACAGGUAGCAUCAACUGUAGAACAUCUGUGAUGCUUGUGUAAUAUGGAAAUAUGAUUUAUAUAUAUAGCUAGUAUUAUCUACAUUGUAUAUGCUACAUUAAGAAUGUUUAUAAUAUAUAGAUAUAUUUAUUUCCUAGUCAUGUCCUCCAUCCUCUCCGAUUCGAACAUGAGUCUAGCCUUCCAAAGUAACCAUGACAUCAGUAGGAAGCAUGACGUGGUUGACACCCCGGAUGUUCCAACCACUUUCUGCUCUCGGAUUCGACACGACCCCAUCUACAGGAAAAAGAUCCUCAACACAAUGUGCUUAUAUGGAUCCUUCCUAGGAAUGAGCUUUGCGAAAGGCCAGAUUGGACCGUCUUUCUUGGACUUACAAGCUAUCAGUGGAGUGGGUCUGAAGGGUGGAUCUGGCAUGCUCACCACCAUGUACAUAGGUUAUAUGUUCGGGGCCUUAUUAGGUGGAUUUCUGUACGACAAAUUCAAACGGUCUCUCCUGUUAGCUCACUCGAAGUUUAUACUAGCUUGUGCUACAGUAGUCAUACCGUGGUGUUCCAUCUAUUGGCUAAUGGUAGUGGCAUUCUUCUUUCUUGGAGCAACAGUAGGUGCCACCGACGCCAUCUGCAAUGCUGAGAUACAGUUUAUAUGGGGUAAAGAUGGCAGGCGUUUUAUGCAGUGUCUACACUUCAUGUAUUCGUUUGGAGUAGCUGUAACACCACUAAUAGCGAUUAUAUUUCUGGAGCAAGUCCCAGAUUCAACGUCAUCGGACAUACAAGCCAUACCAGAUUAUGAAAUUAAUUACACAGCGAUAAACUCAACAAAUAGUCUCAAUACAUCUGAAGAACUGUCUUUAUCUACCCAUGGAAACGCUUCUCGUAAUGGAAGCUUUACUUCUAUUAAAGAUAAUGGAUUUGUGAGAAGUCCGGAUAUAUACAAAGCUUUUAUCAUUACAGGUUGUGUGGUAAUGGUUGUCUUUGUUAUGCAAAUUAUGUUCUUCUUUCGUUACGACAGAAAAUCCAAAAUGAAACAAAAGGCGUCAGAAAGUAUUACUGAAACGAAAUCAAGGCUGCCCUUGUUUACGAAAGUUCAGGCCAUCCUCCACAUGGCAGGAAUACUGGCGCUGAUCUGUGGCAUCGAUGAUACACUUGUGUCGUUUUUAGCUACGUUUUGUGUCAAAGAAUUCGAUUGGACAAAAACUCAAGGAUCAUUAUUAACAUCUCUGACGUGUUUUGUUGUUGCAGUGGGAAGGUUUAUUUCGAUAUUUCUGGUUGGUAUUAUAUCACCCGUAAACCUAGUAGGACUACACGCCAUCUUAACCAUGCUGGUCUUUGUCGGAACUUAUAUUUGUGUUUUGUAUAAGUCUGAUCUUGGACUGUGGAUAAUCAUGCCAAUAUUCGGGUAUGCCAAAGCGCCGAUCUUUGCUUGUAUAUUUACCUGGACAGAUGAAGUAUUUUUGACAGUGACAGGUAGAAUUUCCUCUAUGUUUUUCCUCGUGAUCACAACAAGUAUGGCUAUCAAUCCUUUGAUUCUAGGUUUUCUGAUGGACAACUUCUCCAACUUGUGGUUUUGUUACCUGUUCUUUGGUGAAAGUGUUCUGAUGAUUUUGCUGUUCUGCUCGGCCUAUCUACUGACAAGACGGGUAAAGCGGUUAUAUGGUACAAACCACGACGACGAGACUAUUGAAGUGAAAACAGCUGAAAACCUUUUAGACCAAAAUCACGAUAUUGUAAGUCAAUAAAAGAAGAUGUCAACAGUAUAUUACUGAAAAGCAUUUGAACAGCUUGGGUGUUGUGCGAAAGGGUGAUGAGCCGAAUGGCGCAACGUAAUAAAGAAUUGAACUGAA